AUGUUUUCUCUACUUUCUACUCUAUCAUUUUUCCUCACUCUAACCACCGCACUUCCAACCACUACCCCAGCCUCACCAGUUUCCGCAAGGUUCGCCAUUUCUGUCGUCACCCCGAACCUCCCCAAUCUCUCUCUCAACGUCGAUCCGUCUGGUACCGUGGGCAUCUACAAGUUCAUUCUUCAACGUCCGACUGCGUAUCCCGGUACGCCGGCCUAUUUCCAGGGUACAUACCUUGACUUCGACACCGGUGAAGAUUCUCCAUACUACAUGCACAUUGAAGAUGGCGAAGGAGUAAGAGACGUCCUUGCCAUCUUUGGGGCUGGCAGUGGUUCUACUGAGUACGGUCUUGUUGGCACAAAAGUCAACGUGACUGGGGAAGCCGCUGGUGAGAACUUUCUGGCCUGCGAAACGACAGCAUACGAGGGUUAUAGCAUUCUGGGUUGA